UUGUAAACUCGGCUGAAAAGGUGGAGGGCCCGGGGACGCGAGGAGCCAAGGAGUCGGUGAACGACUCGAAGGACGAAGACGGAUCGGACGUCGCUUCGACUCUGAGCGGCCUGCUCGCAGGUCUUCCGACCUUGGCGGGCCCCCAACGCCUCGCCAAUUCCCUCAGACAGAAGUUCGCCAGCAACUCCGAGGGAUGGCGAGACUCGGUGUUGGGGGCCCCGCGUCGUUUAUUGGUGACUCUCGGCAGUCUCUCCAGGGACAACUCGCCGUGUCCUGCCACGGUGCCGUCGAAAGAAAUUGUGGUGAACCCCGCCGUCAACUACGGAUCAUUCAAUAAGAAGGAGGAGGCUCUACCGAGUCUUCCGGUUCCGGACCUCGAGACGACCUUGCAGAAAUACUUGGCGCAGGUCGAAGCCAUCACGCCGAACCACCUGGAGAAGACUCGCAGUUUGGUACGAGCCUUCCUCUCGGGUCCUGGACCGAAACUCCAACAACGUCUCUUGGAACGUAGGCAGAAGAUGACCAACUGGGCGACUGAAUGGUGGCUAAAUGACAUGUACAUGUCCGUCCCGCUGGCCCUGCCAAUUAACAGCAACCCGGGCUUGGCCGCGAAACCGAAGAGAUUUGCGAACCAGCAGGAGGCCGCGGUGUUCCUCGCGCGAUUUCUCACCGAGCUACUUAAUUAUCAGGAAUUGCUGGACAGAUCCGGAUUGGAGGUGGAACGUGUGAAAUCCAAGGACGGCAAGUCCAUGCAACCGCUCUGCAUGGCGCAACAUUACCAAAUGUUUCGGAUUUAUCGUCGGCCCGGUGUAAACAACGAUGAGCAGAUUGUUCUGGAUAGAGCGUCAUCCGGCGACCACAUUAUCGUCGCGCACCAUAAUCAGUUUUACAGCGUGCCAGUGAGAGCAUCGGACCGAGGCCGGAUCACGGAAAUCGAAUUGGUCCAGCAGUUGCUGAGAAUCAUGGAGACCAAAGCCGAUCCCAGGACUCCACCGGUCGGAAUUCUCACGACUGCGAAGCGACCAGCCUGGGCGAAGGCGCGGGAGGAGCUGAUAAAAAACGAACGCAAUCGUCACAAUCUGGAGCUGUUGGAGCGCUGCCUCUGCGUCGUUUGCAUCGACGACGACGUGCUGCCGGCCACAUUUAACAAUCCCAUGAAGAAGGAGGACCGAUGGAUCGGCGACCGAGAUUACGCGAACGUGCUUCAUCACGCUCUUCACGGCGGAGGGUCCCGGCACUUGGGCGCGAAUCGCUGGUUCGACAAGACUUUCCACGCUAUCCUCGGCAAGGACGGAAUGUGGGGAUUGACGUACGAGCAUUCCGCCGGCGAGGCACCGGCCGUCUUCGCGGCUUUCGAAGAAAUAACGGAGAAGGUGGACUCCAUGUCGCCUCCGGACGAGAACUUGGUGCCAUCGCACCUGCCGGCACCCGAAAAGCUGGAGUGGUGCCUCACCGAGCAAAGUCUGAACGACAUCCGAGAGGCCAUGAUGAAUUUUGACGCGUUGGUCGAAGACUUGGAUCUCUGUAUUCUAUGGUUCGAAGAUUACUCGAAGGAGUUCAUCAAGUCCUGCAGAGUCAGCCCGGAUGCGUACAUACAAUUAGCGCUCCAACUUACAUAUUUCAGACUUCACGGGAGACUGGUGGCCACUUACGAGAGCGCGGGCAUCCGAAGGUUCGCGUUGGGUCGCGUCGACUGCAUCCGAGCAGCCAGUCCGGAGGCGCUCGCGUGGGCGAAGGCCAUGUGCCAGGGCGACCCCCACGGCCAGAUGAACCAGCCGAGCAACAACACCUUGGACGGGAGCCCCAAAAGAGUUCAGUUCACCAUUUACAGUGCGGAAAGGAUCAAGGAACUGUUCGACCUGGCGGUGCAGAGGCAAACGAAAGAGAUGAACGACAACAUACACGGCCAAGGUAUCGACAAUCAUCUGAUGGGGCUGCGUUACGCGGCGAAGGAAGCCGGUGAACCGAUCCCGGACAUCUUCACGGAUGAGGCUUACGCGAUCAUUAAUCACUUUGCCCUCUCGACGUCACAGGUGACCACGAAGAACGACGUGAUCAUCGGAUACGGGCCGGUGGUACCAGACGGUUACGGGUGCGCCUACAACGUGAGGAAGAACGGCUUCAUCUUCUCGGUCUCGGCCUUCCACAGCGACGGCAGGACCAACGCGAUGCAGUUCGCGCAAACGCUCGAGCAGAGUCUGCGGGACAUGGCGGCUAUGAUAAAGAAUUCGAAGAAGUGAUAGAUGCGCGCAGGUAGCGAUAGCUUCACAUGAAACGAAGAGCCGCAAGACGCGGCGCGGCUUUUCGCCGGUCCCGGCGGCGGGGACGCAGGGAUAAGAUAAAUAAAAAGGGCGAUCGCGAGCUUCUUCGCGCAUCGCACGAGGGUGGUUCGAAACGCGGUGGAUCGGAGACCCGCGAGACGCCACGAUCGAACGAUCAUCGAGGCCGCUCGCUCACGAUGCCUUUCGUAUUCCAGGAGUCGCAAGUGCAAAGCGUCCAUAUCAGAAACGGCAUUCCUUUCUUUCGCUCGUCAUCAUCGCAUGAUUUCUCGCGGUAAAUCAUUUGACUUUAACCAACUCCGUUCGAACGAAGUGGAGAGCACGACUUUCGAAGCACCCUUGCAUGAAGUAACCUUAUGAAAGUGUAACUGGUGUACAUUUAAGGAGCGCGAGAGAGAUUUAUCAAUUCGCUCCCGCGCAACUCGUUAUAGAUCAUUAUAGAUAUAUCGUUGGUUUGAUAUAAUUCCUAUGAAGUAUAUCCAUACAGCACAGAAAGCUUGCGCAUUGAGAAAAAGAAGUUAUUAACUUGACUAAAUCUUUCAACGCGAUUAAAUUUUUUCAGCUCAAUUGUUUUUAUGCGUUUAAUUUGAAUACGUAAAAUAUUUGAACUUUAGUUUAAGCAUUUGUAUAUUCAACUUAAAUACGUAAAUGUUUGAACUAAAGAAAUUCAAUCAAGGUGAAAAAUUUUGUCAAUUUUGUUAACAUUAAAAAUUUUUUUUUCUCAGUACAAAUAUUGUUACAUUAUUACUGCAACGUCGCAGCAAUGUUGCUGCAAGCUCCGUGCUGUGUGGGAUACAGAAGAGGAAAAGAGAAAAAAAUUAUUGAAGAGAGGAGAAGCGUCGCGAAAGCGCGCGAGCUUGUAAUUCUUAAGGUGUCCUUCGUUAUAUGGGCUGAUAGUAGAAGCGAAUCUCUUGUUGUCUGUUUUCUAGAAGAGUACGUACAAAGCGCACACGCACACAACACAUACAUGCGACACACACACACACACACACACACAACAUUCGCGUGCGCGCGCGUUUACAUAAUCUCGUUCGCGAUGAUACAGCGAAUUAAAAAUCCUUCAGCGGUAGCCGCCGUAUAGUAGGCGUCGUAUGUUAUAGAUCGAUCGGUCGUUUUAAAACUCUAGUCUGCUCCAAGAGAGAGAAGAAUUAGGUUUCUUCGAGCGUUACGCCCGGGCGCUGGAAAAAUCGCUGAGACGAGAAAAAUAACUCGUCGUCGAGAAAACAGCUUGUUACGCGAACACAAAGCGAUUCUUGAAUUUCCGCAAGAAAGGAAGCUAACAUAUUUCUUCUCCGAUCUCGAAAAAAAGUUCCAAGCCUUUCCGAGCUGUUCAAUUCGCUGCUUUCGGAAACGACCAACUUGCUUUCUUCUUCUUCUUCUUCUUCUUUUCAGUCCCAGUUUUUUGCUAUCAAGUGUCGUUACAGUCGCGGCUUUCCAGCGCGCGGGACUCGCUCAGAACCGCAGAAACACUCCAAAUGUGGCCAAUCGUACGUAUGUUGGCGCCCGCACAGUAAACUCUUGUCCAAUUCUUAGGUAGGUCGGCGGAUCGCAUCGCUCGUCUCGUCAAGAGUCCGAUCGAUCGUCGACGGUAUAGCUCUAUCCGUCUAUCGCGCUAUUCUUCUACUCCCUACGAUUUACCGUAGCUGACCACCCCAUACCGUACCAGGGUUUGCGACCGAUAAGACUAUAACUAUACAUACGUUUGAUUCGACAAAAUUGUAUGUAUAAUUAACGUCAUAAUUAUACAUGUGUCAUUAAUACGUAACAAAGUUUAUGCAGUUUCUCUCGGAGGAUCGUUGAAUGUUCCUUCAAUCGCAAUCCUCCGUUCUCCUCGGCCAAUCUGGAGAACGAUUUUUCUUCGGCGAAAAUAUGUUGGAAAUUAACGCUUUUUCAUAGGCAUUAUUCCAAUAAGGCUAUAAUUAAUAUCAAUAUGAUUUUGUCUUUUUUUUAUUCUGCAAUUUAAAUUUCCAGGAACCAAAAAUUAAUCAAUUGAAAAAAAUUAUAAUCCACAUAUAGCACAGAAUAGCAAAAACACGGAAUGCAAAAUAUUGAUACGUAAUGUUGCAACAACGUUAAUAUAAUAUUAUAUAUGUUGCUGAAACAUUGCAGCAAUAUUUUGCAAUGCUUUCUUUACGCUGUGGUAUAUAGAGAAAGUCUUAAUAUUCUCACGGAAGAAAAAUCGAUUCUAAAUCGACCGGAAAUUCGAAAAAAGACAUGCAAUCAUUUUGGGAUAAUCUUUAUAUAAUGAACAUAAUGACAGCUGGUGUAGUGUAUGUAACGACAUGGUUCUGUUGAUAUUGGAUUUCAAUGCCUCAAAUCGCGAAGGGGAUCUCGUCGAAAUGAUAUCGGUCCCAAAUCUUGGUACGUACUGCCCUCGCAAAUGGGGGAAACAAAUUUCUUCAACUCUACACAAUUUAGAUAAAUAUAUCGCUCGACGCGACUCUCAUGCAUUGUUACUAGGUCGUGCUCGUACUAGUAUUAUUUACAUAUUCUUGUUCAUUUAAAUGGGAUCAAAAGGCAUAGACCGCCAAAUAUAUCAAAGACUUUUAUAUCUUAAGAUAUUCCACUUUCACAAUAAUUUUCAACUUGUUUAAAAAGUCUACUUUUCUACGUCAAGUUACUUAUAGCUCUUGAAUAAUUAGCGAUUAAAGAUGAAAGAUACUUCGGACAAAGUUACUUUCAACGAGAAAAAGUAAAUAACAAGAUCAGUUUAAUUUUAAAUGAACUUAGCUUUAACAGAUGUUUAAGUUGACGGUGUUUUACAGUUGAAAAUAGGUAAUGUUAAAAGUUUAUAGAUUGCAGAGUAACGCUUUUUCUCGUUAGAAGAAUUAAUUUUAAAUUGGAUGAAGAAAGUAUUUAAGAAAGUAAUCAUUAAGAAAAAGUAUUUCAAUUAAUUGUAUUAAUAAUUAAUGAAAUAUCAGUAAUCAAUUUAUUGAAACACUUUUUCUUAAAGGAACAACGGCGUGGGAACUAGCCUCUCUACAAAAAUCUAUCGCAUAUCUGUCUAUACAUAUCGAAUGUUAUACAUAUCAAAUUUUAUACGCAUAAUUCUCUUAUACUGAGAUUCCUUCAUAAUGAUCCCACUUUUUUGAACAAUAAUAUAACUGGUUUGUUAGAACAGCGGCGAAUCUUCGUAUUUCUUCGAUUCCGCGAUUUAGAUAAUUUAGGCGAUCUAUCGCGCUCUCGUAUUGAGGUAUUGCUGUUACUGCAUCAUGUGCUUGUUUGUUGUAGUCGUAAUAGCAAUUGAUCGGGAGGAAUCGCCUCUACAAGAUAAAGUCGCGACUAUAAGAUAAUGUUUUAAGGCGCCGACGUUUAGUUAGUUUCUCGACAGUUCCUGCAGUUAAUUAAGAUGCGAUACAAUUACAAUGAAUUGAUAGAGAAAAUGAGGGAAAAUGGAUACCACGGAAGAGGCUUUGGAUAAAUUUUUCUUAACUGUCUUUAUGGAAAAAAUAAUGCAUUAUUUUGCACAAAAAAAGACAAAUUCAAAGAUGUCAAUUUUCCAGCGAUUUCUUGCGUGACUAAAAGUAAAAAAAAAAAAUUAUCUUAUUGCGACUCCGCUAUGCACCGAAUCUCCCUCAUCUUCUUACUGUUCUUAUUACAAGAGAACAUUGUUAAUGUUAAAAGCGAUGGAUUUUUAUUCACGCUAUUCAUAUUUUAUAAAGUCGUGCCAGAUUCGCGUUUUCGCGUCACUGCAUUAUUUACGUUAAGUUAAAGAAAGUUGGAUCAAUGGAUCUUUAAUUAAAAAUUAUUCUAGUUUUCGUAUUCCUAGAUUUAGCCCCGAAAGAACCGCACGUCGUUCUGGUUCUUCCUCGUUGUUCGCUCCCUUCUCUGAGCUUUAUCUACGUUAUCAUUACAUGCAAUUGAUUCAUUGUUACGUUAGCCACGUUCGAAUUUUACGGGAGUUAAAAGUUAAACAUAUCAGGGAAAAGUUAAUCGCGGAAAGUACGAGAGAGCACGGUGUCUCCUCGUUGUUGUUGGAGAGAGGAACGGAAGAAAAGAUAUAUUACAUAUAUAUUAUAACAUAACGCGCGCGAUACUCGAGAAUACGCUCGGUGGCGGAGAGCAUCGCAGAGUAUUACAGAGUUUAUUAUAUUGUAUCGAGAAGCACUUCCUUUUCCGACAAGGGAUAUAUUGCGCGUCCCUUCUCUACACUGGAAACAAGAUUUUAGUAAUGGCUAUCAAAUGUUGAGUGAAACAAUGGGAAUUAAAUAUUUGAUUAAUACAACCGAAAAUAAUUUUACUUUUCUAAAUGUUUGUAAAUAUUACUAAAUUCAAUUAUAUUUACGUUUGAUUAUCUUUGAACUUAAUUAUAUUUACUAAAUAUAUUCCGAAAAGUCAAGUUACUUUUUAUUACAUCAACCAAAUAUUCAAUUGGCAUUAUUUCACUCAAUAUUUGAUAGUUAUUACCGAACUCUUUUUUUUUAAUGUACAAUCGAAAGGAGACAAAGAGAAGGAAGAAGUUUCAAAACCUUCCGCCGCCGAGGGUGAAGAUACACACGUGUUCUCGCGUAUGCAGGGUACAGUCAAAAUGUACGAUCGUUAAAGGCGUUUUUCUCGGGUCCACGCGAAUGCUGGAUGGUUUUUGGGCUUUUAAUAAUUGCAGAGUUUAUUAAAUUGUAUAUUUUCGACGGUGACUCGCAUUGCCCGUCGUCCGUUAAAACAGUAUCCUGCACACGACGUACGUGCGUGCCCGGUGUUCUAUAUUAGAUUCUAAGAGAGCAGCACAGAAAUAGCGCUAUUAUUAUCGUAGUUUAAAGUCAGGAAAGUACUAGAGAUACUUUAGUUAUACAUAUCGCGAAGCCAAUUGUGAUCGCACUUUUGCGGCCAAGAAUAUCAUACGCAUAUCAGGCGAAAGCCAACGUAGCGACGAUCUUAUUCCAGGAUAGUACACAUGUCCUGAUAAAUCGUUAGGAGAGCACUUACGAAUGUAAUUACGAUAUAACUUGAGAGAGUUCUAAGUAGCAGAUAGAAAUAUAUGGGCGCGUUAAAUUAUUCGUUGUUUCCGGGGUGUUUCGCAUCGCGUGAAUCGCGACUGACUCUAAUUUAACUUUCUUCAAUAAUUAUAAAUAAUUAUUGAUUGGCGAAACAUCAAAUAGUUUCCACGUAAAUUGAUAAUUAAGCAUUGAUUCUCUUGAUGGGGACGAGAUUAAAUAUCGAUUUGUGACAAACUUGUUGAUUUAAAUAUAUUUUAAAUAUGAAAAUCAUGUAUUUAAUGUUGAAUAUACGGAGAUGUGAUGCAGAUGUGAAGGAUAUAUCUCUAGAGUAAGCAGAUGACCAAAGCAAUAAAGAUAUACAUAUAAUGAACAGAAAAUGGCACGUGUUGGGAACUGCAUUUAGAUCGGCGAUAAUCUGGAUUAGUGUUUAAGGAUCAAUUCUCCUGUAGCUCCGAAGAGCUAUGAGUACAAUCGGUGUCUAGUUUGUGAAUUAGGAAAGUAUUGAUUCCACAAAAAUCGUGUUACUAGAAUUUUGAAUUAUACAGAUUGUUAAUGUUAGCGUUGCAGAGUGAUAAAAAGAAAAAGCAUAACAAGAAUGAAAGUAUAAAUAUAUAAAUGUAGCGAAGUCAUGUGAAAAUAGUGCUGUAGUGUUAAUAGAUGUAGGACUAAUCUCGUGACAAUUGAACAAAAUAAAUUCGUAGCGAAAUUGGGUUCUUAAAUCUUGUCUCUACGAGAUGCCAGAAAUCGUUCUGAGAUCGGGGACAGAGAGAGAAUGAAGCAGUCGCAUUAGUUGAUCGAAUUGUUCAAAUGCGAUUGGUCAAUUCUGUCUCUGUCCGAAAUCUCGGACCAUUUUUAGCAUCGUGGACACAAAGACUUUAGACAUCAAGAGAAACAAUACUUUUCUUUUUAACGUCGCGAUUCAUGCAUACGAUUUGUAAUCGUUAUAAACGAAGAUAGCUUUCAUCGUUGUUAAAAUGUUUAUUGAAAACUUCGUGGAUAUAUAUAUAUUGUAUAUUAUUAAGCUUUCAGUUCUACGGACAGUGCUUGAAUCUCGCAAGCCUAGUAUAGAUGCGAAGUAUAGAUGCUACUUGAAACGAGAGAAUUAUCAGGGCACACAUAAAAAUAAUAAUAAUGUUAUACUUUAGUAUCUGACUAGUCGAAUAUACGACAGCCCAGUUCACUUUAUCUUCACCUUCAGUUCCCCAUGUAGUAGAAAUUAUUCCGGCUCUUGGUAAUAAUAAAUUCACAAUCCUCCUUUCAAUUCUUUAUACAAUAUAAAUAUUAAUAUUAAUGUUAAUUCUGCUAUCUCAUUUCACAUAUUUAUGUAUAUAAAAUUUAUAUUUUCUUUUGUCUUCGAUUCCUCUCAUAUAAUAAAUCUAGACAAAAAAAAAUUAAAUUUCUGUCGUAAAAACUAAAUAAUAAUAAUAAUAAAAGUAAUAAUAAUAAUAAUAAAGAAAAAAUAUAUAUAAUAAAAACGUGGUCCGAUAGACCAUAAACUGGAAAGUCAAGACAAACUAUAAGUUCUAAUUAUAUAUUUAAUGCCACGUGUAAAAUAAUUCAUAUAUAACUCAAUAGCCUAUAGUUUAUAUAACAAAGACUCUGACGCAAAUAUGUUUGACACUUAACAUGUAUUAUAUAAUUUGAAGUCUAAUGCUUUAAAAACAAUGUUUUCAUUGUUUGCACAGAGUUUACUUGGGUCAUGUAUAAUUAAUUUUAAUCCUUAUACGAGCAACUUGGUUCUUCAUUUAAUUUGAAAGAUUGUCUUCAUUUUCGUAAAUAAAAGAUUAUUCGAUUUUCUUUUGCUCAUGUUUACUAUCUCUAGCAGAUCUGUUUAAAUUAUUUUUCUCUUAAAUGCAUAUUCAAUCGAAAUUUCAUCUUUCUAAAGAGAUAAAGCGAUUGCUCGGAUAAGAAUUAAAAAUCGUGGCAUAAGUUAAAUAUACCUUCGUGCGUAAAACGUUCGAUAGAUAAACGAAUAAAAUACACUCGGCUUACCGUUCGCGCGGAAAGCAUACACAGCAUACCUCCGCUAAGUAACUGACCCAUGUCAAAGUAUGUUGUAUCACAUGUGUACGUUUCCUCGUGCAGAAAUAAAACUCCAUCGGAAUA